AAGAAUUACCGCAGUAAAUGGUGUUUUGCGAAAUUGUGGACUGUUUAUCCCAGUUCUGGUCGCUACAGACGCGCAUGUGGAGCCGGGAAUCAACUUACGCUCCUCGCCACACUUCAGCAAGCUCCAUGACAGCGCGUGCUACGUUUGCGUCUCCAUGGAAGCAGUUAUGAUGGCGGCUGUUCCGUGUUGCGCCAGUUGUGGUCAGAUUUUUUCCGUAAUGAAGCGAUGCGUUCGGUGUCAAGCAGUUUUCUACUGCUCACGGGCCUGUCAAAUUAAAGACUGGGGAGUUCACAAGUCCAACUGUUUGAAGAGGAUGGAUUCUGAGUGUUGUAGAUCUACAUCCUCAAGCUAUGGCCAUGAUAGAACAAGGAUGUUUACAGGUGAAAGUGACAAAGCCAAUAGUAGGAGUGCCACUGACACAUCUGCAUCACUGACCAGGUCAGAUGGGAACUCAGUACAUGCUGAUUUCCACACAGCUGAUGACAGACUGAUGGCAUCCAGUGCGCAGUCUGCCCCAGUCAGUGAUGACAGGGGUUUAUCUUACCUCCACAACAAUCUACAUCUUCAUGACGUACCAGUGUUUCAUGUGGACAAAGCUUACUGUGACAUAAAUGUGAAAGCAAACAAACAGAAGUUCAAGUUGCAGAUUCAGCACGACUGGACAGGACAAGAAAUACUGAAACUAUUUGCAUGUCAUGUACAUAUUCCUUUAGAAAGAAUGAAAGUAGUACACAGAGGUAAAAUAAUGACUGACGUGUUGAUCAGAGAAUAUAUAAACCCAAAGUCAGUGUUUCAAGUGUUUGGUGAGAAAUCAGCCGAUGAAACAGGACUUGACCAGAGAGAUAUUGUUAUCAUGAUGGCUCAGAUGAACAUUGACAGAAAUAGAGCCGUGCAAGCCCUGCAGACGAGAGGCAACCUAAUUGAUGCCAUCUUUGAGGCUUCUAACAAGAUUUGAAAAUAUGCUAACAAUUUAUGGCCAAUCAUAGGACAUAAUGUCAUAGAGACUAAUUAAGACAGGCACCUGAGACAUCCAAAAUGUUCUUAUUAUUUCUUUUUGGCUGUGCUCAUGCAUAACUAUCGAUCACCCUUAGUUAUGUUUCAAAUAUAUUUGUACCCAAACCAAUAUUUAUUAGAGAAAUUAAACAUAAUUUAUAUGAAAAUGAAA